AGAGCUUCCCGCCCCGCGGUGCCCUCAGCACCGCCCGUCCCGGCUCCUCCCGCUCCCGCUCCUCCCGCCCCAGCGCUUCCCGCCGGCCCCCUCAGGACUCACCGGGAGUCAGGAGCCGCCGCAGCCCUCGGCGGCCGGCGGAGCCCCGCUCCCGGCAGGAGAGGAUGAUGAGGUGAGAGCACGGUGCCGGGACGGACAACAGCGGGGCAGUGGCUGCCUUAGAGCUGCAGAGAAAUCUACAGAAGGUUUCUUCCUCCUGGCCAAUGCACUCUAACGCUCUGUGCCGUGGUUUUGCCGUCUCCUGGCUCCAAGGGCUCCUCUCGCCAUGAGCUUCUUCGAGGAGGCCGAAACAGAGGAGACAGUGACGUGCCUCCACCUGACCUUCUACCACCCCGGGCAGGCUGAGAAGAUGAUGUUCCGCUGCCUGGAUUUCUGCCGGCGGCAGCAGCUGCGGGCGGACGACACGGCCAAGUUUGGCCGCGACUCCAGCCUGUGCCGCUACAGCCUGGUGGACACGCGCGUCUCCCGCAUCCAGUUCUCCCUGCAGUUCUACAGGAAGCUCCACAGCUCCGAGUACGCCUUCGAGAUCAAGAACCUGAGCAAGAAAACGAAGCUGACCGUCAACCAAACGGAGCUGGGUUACUUGAACAAAAUCGACCUGCCCUGGAAGUGCAUCAUCUGCUUUGGGGAAUACCAGGUCCUGGCGGAGAUUCAAGAAGGGGAGGCCGUGGAUUAUUUUGAGACUCACUUGCACUUGGCUGAAGCACCCAUCUUACAAGAAAGGUGCCUGCCAUCCCUGCAGCCUGUUCCUGAGAAUGGCAUUUCUCCUUCCUUUCCUCCUGGCCAAGGCAAAAGCCCCACAGAGAUUGAUGAGAACGAGAUGUGCUAGCGGGGAGAAGGAGGCUGGAUCAGGUUCUCUGGCCUCCAGCACACACAGCUCUCACCUCAGCCCAGUGUUCUUGGUGGUGCUCACUGACUGCCACACAUCAGUCUUCUUUACUUGCUGUUAUCAGCACAGGCAUUCCAGAGCACUGCUCCCUCCACAGGAAUGGAUUCCUGACACUGCCUUCUCGGAGGGCUCUCUGAUGCCCAGAAAGGUGUGGGAGACAAGGGGUCACUCAAAUCCACAGAAUCCCAGAACUGUGGCCACGUGCCUUGGAGGGAUAUUUAACAGGCACUAAUACAGAGCGAGCACAGCAGGGUUUUGGUCCCAAGCAGGGGGUGACACAGUGUCUUGUUGCAUAUUUUACUUUGUGCUCUGCUUUGCACACCAAAUCCCAAACAGUAUUUUUUGCGAGCCUAUGUUGUGACUUCACAGAUUUUGCAACUUAGAAACACUUUGUCCUUUUAUGUUUUUAUUAGCUUCAAAGCAAGGUUUCUUUUUUAUUUUCACUUAUUUAAUGAAUAUUUUUUUUUUUUUUUUGCAAGUUAACUACUUUUGCUUGUGAUGUAGACAAACAUGUAGCACCAAUGAUCAUGGUCUAUAAAAAUCCACAAUUAUUUUGCAAUAAAUACAUUUUGUUCCCU